AAAAUAAAAAUAAAAACAUUUAAAAAUUUUUUUUAACGAAUGAAAGUCAUAUUAUUUUUAUUAUUAUUAUUAUUUUUUUUUUUUUCUUUGUUUGUUUCAAGUUUUUUUUUUCUUUAUUUUUACAGUUUUACAAUUUUACAGUUAUACAAUUCUACAGUACAAUUCUACAGUUCUACAAUUCUACAGUACAAUUCUAUCAAAUUCUAUAGUUCUACAGUAGUUCUACAAUUCUACAGUUCUAACAUUUUCUAUAAUUUUUUACAAUUAAAAGAGAUCUUUUUUUUUUAAAAAAAAAAAAAACUUCAGCCAAAAAUUUACGCCAAAUAAAAAA